AUGGUGCUACGGGAGGACUCUGUACCUGUCGUCCAGAUGGCCCGGCGCGUGCCGCUGUCCCUGCAAGAGCCACUACGACAGGAACUAGACCGACUGCUCCAGGCAGGCAUCAUUGCCAAAACAGAGGAGCCGACAGACUGGAUGAGUCCCCUAGAGAAACUCAAUUGCGGGCCCGUGGUCGAGAUCUGGGGCGACGACAUGGCGCACGUCGUUUGGGACCUGGUCCACGAGAGGCUCAUCGAGCCGUACGUGGACGCCGACCUGACUGUGUUCGAUAUAUCAAUGAAGCAUCGCCACCAGAUCAACGGCACUGUCACCCUGGAUGCCCCACAGGCUCUCAAGAUACGCGACGUGGGUGUCAAGUGUGCCACCAUCACGGCCGAGAAGGUCGUUCUCGAGAAGUACUACUUGAAGCGCAUGUGGAUGUCGCCCAACACCGCCAUUCGCAACGCCCUCGGCGGCGCCGUGUUCCCGGAGCUGAUUGUCUGCCGCAACAUCCCUCCGCGCGUGAAGCAGUGGUGCAGGCCCAUCAUCAUCGCGCGCCACGCGUUCCGCGACCAGUACAACGGCAAGGAUUUCGUGGUCCCCAGACCAGGCACGCUCCAGAUCAAGUACUCGCCCACCAUCGGAGCUCGCUACAACCUUGAGUUAGAACACGCGACACCUCCACUGUUGCCCGCAAUCCUGCCUGUAUCGUCCAGAGACCAAGCACGCUUGUCCGCAGUGGUCGAGUUGCCGCCUGCUUAA